AUGUUGUCGCUUCAAAAAACCAUUCGGGCCUUUCAUGUAGCAGCAGCCCCUCGUGCGGCCAAGACGGCCACUCGCAGAGGUCAAGUCUGCCGGUACAGCCAGAGAACCAACAAGACGACGCCGCCGCCGCUCCAGAGCCGGGCGCACGUGACGCUUCCGGUAUGGGCGUUACUUGCGCUGCCUGCAGCCGUUGGCCUAGGCGCGUGGUGGUCGAAUACACGGGACACGCGGCCUGCGCCUCAUGAGCUCAAUCGAUCGCCACAGACACGUUAUGGCAGCCGAGCGGCCAUGCAAAAAGCUGCAGAUGAAAUCACCAGUCUGCUUGGCGAGGACUCGGUCAGCUUUGAUGAAGAAACCAUCGAGAGCCAUGGAUAUUCCGACUGGUCCACGUCCAACUCGCCUGGGCGGCCGGUAGCUGUCGUCUAUCCCAAGACUACAGAAGAGGUCUGCGGAAUUGUCAAGAUUUGCAACAAGCUAAAUGUCCCCAUGGUUCCCUACGGAGCGGGCUCGUCUGUAGAGGGGAGCUUUUCCUCUCCAUAUUCCGGUAUAUGCAUAGACUUUACCAUGAUGGACAAGGUCGUCGCAUUCCAUCCGGAUGACAUGGACGUUGUGGUUCAGCCUGGAGUCAAUUGGCUGGAUCUAAACAACCAGAUCAAGGACGACGGGCUGUUUGUCCCGCUGGACCCGUCACCCACGGCCACCAUUGGCGGUAUGGUGUCGACGAAUUGCAGCGGCACCAAUGCGUUUCGCUACGGCACCAUGAAGGACUGGGUGGUGAGCGUGACCGUGGUACUGGCGGAUGGCCGGGUGAUCAAGACGCGCAGGCGGCCCCGGAAGAAUUCUGCCGGGUACAAUCUCACGUCCCUGUUUGUCGGCGCCGAAGGUACUCUGGGUAUUGUCACCGAGAUCACCAUGAAGUUGGCCGUCAUACCGCAGGAUACCAGUGUCGCAGUCGUUUCCUUUCCUACACUUACGGAUGCAACCACUGCUGCUACAAGGCUUAUUCGCUCGGGCAUUCAGCUGGCAGCGUUGGAAUUAAUGGAUGAUACGCAAAUGGAGGUUGUUAAUCGACAUGGCAGUGAGGCAGUCAAGAAGAUCAAGUGGGAUGAAAGCCCGACACUAUUUCUCAAAUUCUCGGGAACAACCGACGGCAUCAAGGGAGACGUCUCGAGAGUCACGGACCUGGUGAAACCAUACUCGCCACAGUCUAUAUUCUUUGCCAGGAACAAGCAAGAAGAGGCCGACAUGUGGUCGGCACGAAAAGAAGCAUUAUGGACCAUGACAUCCAUCAAGCCGCCGGGUUACUCCAUCUGGUCGACCGACGUGGCGGUGCCCAUUUCCAGGUUGGCCGAAAUUAUUGAACUCUCCAAGCAGGAUUCAAGCAAGCUAGGCCUUUUUGCGAGCGUCAUUGGUCAUGUCGGUGAUGGAAACUUUCAUCAAGCCGUCUUGUACGAGACGGAAAACAAGUCGCAUCAAAAAUUCGUCUCUGACUGUGUGCAUAAAAUGAUGGCCAGAGCUUUGGAAAUGGAGGGAACUGUAUCGGGCGAACAUGCGAUUGGCAUUGGUAAAAAGGAAUGUCUUGUUGAUGAGCUCGGUGAGGAUACAAUUCAUCUCAUGAAGACCUUGAAGCAAUCAGUGGAUCCCAAGUAA